UCCUCCUGUGACUCAUCCGGGCGUGGAGGCGGUGGCUGGCGGCUUCUCCCCCUUUUCUCUCUCUCUCUCUCUCUCUGUUUCCAGAAGCAGCAGCAGCAGGAGCCGCCGCCCUCCUCGUUCCUUCCUCCUCCUCCUUUUCUCCUUUUCCUCCUCCCUGUUUUCUUCUCCUGGGGGGGAGAGAGUGCAGUUUCCCCUCCUUUCCUUCCUUCCUCGUCGUGCUCCAGCUCGGCUCCUUCCUUCCUUCUUUCUUCCGCGCUCUUGAGUUCUUCUUCUCUUUGGAAGCCAGGAUGGACGACCCGGACCAGUCCCCCUUGGUCUCCUCCACGUCCCCUCUGCCCCCUCCUCAGCCCCCCCAGUUCCAGUACCAGUUCGUCAAGGACCCCGAGGAGGAGGAGGAGGAGGAAGAGGAGGAUGAAGAGGAGGAGGACGAGCUGGACGACGAGAGGCUGGAAGUGCGGGAGGUGAAGAAGCCCCUGGCCGCCCCGGCCCCGACUCUCCCUUUGAGCCCCCCUCCAGCGCCCUCCAGCGCCCCUCCGCCUCUGGUGGACCUGGGGGGCUUCGGGGAGCCCGGACCAGCCCCCCAGAUCCCCUCCCCGCCCACUUCCAAGCAGGCUUGGGGGGCCAGCAGCCGCCCCGAGGUCUCCCCUCCCUCUUUCCCCCCUUCCUCCUUCUCUUCCUCUUCCUCUCCUUCUGCCCCGGAGGAGGAGGAGCAGCCCCCGCCGCCCCCUCCGCCCCGAGGGGAGCCCCGGCCCCCCGCCAUCCCGCCCCGCAACGCCCCGCAGCCGCCCCCCAAGAAGGAGGAGCAGGAGGAGCAGGAGAAGGGGGCAAGGCACCCCAAGGCAGCCUCGCCCGAUGAGACACUUUUCCCUCUACCUGUUGCAUCUGAACCUCUGAUGCACUCUUCUGCAGACAAAGGUAUGGAAUUGCAGGAGCAGCUGGGUCGUGGGCGCUCAGCCGGCCAAGAAGAUUUCACUGCUGUCCCGCUUGACGCUACUGCUUCUCUUCCCUCUCUUUCUCCUCUCUCAGUCAACCCUUUCAAAGAGUACGCAGCCCAUGAUGCAGUAUCUGAUGGACUACUUGCAAAAAGCAGCUAUGGCCACAGUGAAAGCGAAACAUUUAAGUCGAGUCCAAAAAAUGCACACAACCCAUUCCUUGCAGAUGACGUUGGAGAGAUACCAGAAUUCAAGCACUCAGACGCGAUGCCCGCAUAUGCUGGGGCAGAACCAUUCUUUUUAUCUCAGAUGAAGGAGGCAAUGGACACUCAAGGGAAGCCUGAUGCCGAAAAGUUCCCUUCCUCCCAGCAAGACUCUUCUCCAGACUCACCUGUUGAAUUAUUUAUGAAGCAGGGUAAAGAUACAUCUCUUGAUGACGGGAAGCAUGACAUUGAUGAUUAUGGCAAAAACCAGAACCAGUCUGCAAAGGACGAAUAUGCAGAUUUCAAGCCAUUCCAGCUAUCAUGGGCUAGCAAUGAAAGUAGCAAUUUGAAGGAUGCUCCUAGCAAUCUGUUGGAUGGAAGAUUAGAAAGUGACAUAGAUAAGGAUGAGUUGGAGAAGGCUAAGACUCAGCCUGCACAGAAGUACUUUGAGAAAGAGAAUGAAAGCAGCAAUGAAGAUAUUUCUUUCCCUAGCACUCCAGAGGCCCUUGAAGAGUCUUCGCAAGCUUAUAUUUCUUGCACCACAGUCGAGUCGACUGGGACAAGUGAAGACAUCACAGCCAAGUCCCUCCCUGUGGUCGAAGAACAAGCUUCUGAAAAUAAAACAGAUGAGAAAAAGAUAGCAGAAAUGAAGGCCCAUUUUGGCACAGAACCAAGUGGUACCCAAGCUGAGCUGGCAAGUAGCCCGGUUCAGAAAGCUGACUCUGAAAAAGCAGAGGACAUGCUGAAGAAGCAAUCUGAUGUUGUGGCAAAUAUGCCUGAAGGUCUUACUCCAGACCUAGUGCAAGAAGCAUAUGAGAGUGAACUUCAUGAGGCAAUUAGCCCCAAGCUUGGUUAUGAGACAAAGAUUGAUUUGGUUCAAACAUCUGAGCCGCCACAAGAGCCGUUGAGUGUUAGUGUGCAGCUCUGUCCCUCCUUUGAAACAGGGCCCGAAGCUUCGCCAUCUCCAGUCUUGCCAGAUAUUGUUAUGGAAGCACCACUGACUGCAGGCACUACUGGGGUUGUUGGCUCUGCCAUUCAGGUCGAAUCCUCCUCAGUGGAAUCUCUUAUGGCUUCAGGCGAUUAUGAGAAUGACUACGACAGUGCAAUGCAGACGUCCGAGAAGCCCCCGUCUUACCAGGAGGCAAUGAAUGUACCAGUAACCCAAGUAGCAGAAACCAAGGUUGAAACUGAUGAUAAGAAGCCUAAGAAGGGCGCACCUCUGGAGGACUUAGAGAAUUCCUAUAUAUCCAUAGCUUGUGACUUAGUUAAGGAAACAAAGGUCUCCAAUGAAUCUGUUUCUCCAAGCUUUGCCGACUACUCUACAACAGCGAUUCCAGAGUUUGUUUCACGACCUGUGCCUGAAUAUACUGAGCAUGCUGAGAAGACUUUUCAGAAAUCGGAGAAAAGUGAUUUGUUUCAUCCUGAGCCAGAAUUUGGUCUUUCCCAGAAAGAGAAGGAAGCUGUGAACGAGAAACCAUUUGAAGUUGCUACUGAGAUUGUACCAAAGGGAGGUCAGGAGGAGAAGCAGGAAGAGAUGCUCCUGUCUCUUAGCAAGCCCUAUUUGGAAUCCUUCCAGCCUCCCCAGGAACCUUCCAAAAAUGCAGCAACGUCUUGGUCUCCUGAAAAAGAUACUGCAGACUUGGUUAAGCAGGAAAAGACCCCUCAAAAGUACAUGGAAGAAGUAAAAGUGUUUGCAGAUGAUUUCCCUGUCUCUAAGGAACCCAAAGUUGGAGACACCAUUGUGCCGUCUGCAGAAUCCUCUCCAGAAACCGAGGACUUCCCCACAAUUCCUUAUCAAGCUGCCAAGUCAGUCAUGGCAGCUACAAAAAAAGAUACAGUGGUAGAUACCAAAGGCCAAGAGCCUCAUGAAGCAGUCAAAGCUGAGUUGCGGCAGGCUCCUUACCAAGAGGUAGCCCAGGACUUGUCCUUAAAGAAUGUCCACGUCAAGACCGAGGAGCGAGAAGCCACUCCACAUAAACAAGAUGCAGAAGUGCUUGAACCAUCCAAGCCCAAGGCCCCGGCCGAGGUUGCACCUUUGUCUGCGGCAGAGAAAAAAGUAGUCAGUGUAGGAAAGGAAGCUGAGAGAGGAGUUGCCACUGUUAAAGAAAAGGAAAAAUCCCCUCCCUUGUUUUCAUCAAAGCUGAGUAAACUUUCAGUUGUUGACCUCCUUUACUGGCGAGACGUUAAGAAGACGGGCGUAGUGUUUGGAGCCAGCUUGUUCCUCCUGCUUUCUUUAACGGUGUUCAGCAUCGUGAGUGUAGUUGCUUACAUUGCCUUGGCUCUCCUGUCAGUGACCAUCAGUUUAAGGAUAUACAAGGGAGUUAUCCAGGCAAUCCAGAAGUCUGAUGAAGGCCAUCCAUUCAGGGCUUAUUUGGAUAAAGAUGUCGCUGUGUCUGAAGAGAUCGUCCAAAAAUACAGCAAUGUUGUGCUCGGCCACUUCAAUAGCGGAGUCAAGGAGCUCAGGCGCCUCUUCUUAGUGGAUGACUUAGUGGAUUCUCUAAAGUUUGCAGUGUUGAUGUGGGUGUUCACCUAUGUUGGUGCCUUGUUCAAUGGUCUGACACUGCUGAUAUUGGCUCUGAUCUCACUCUUCAGUAUUCCUAUUAUUUAUGAAAAGCACCAGGCUCAAAUUGACCAUUAUGUGGGGCUUGUGAAUAAGAAUGUCAAAGAUGGAAUGGCAAAGAUCCAAGCGAAAAUCCCUGGAAUAAAGCGCAAAGCUGAAUGAAGAAGCAGAAACAACUUUUAUUAAAAUAGGAGUUCAUCUUUUAAGUGGGGCGGGGAAGGCGUAUUCAUUUGGAUUAUGUGGGGAGGGUCAGGGAUUAGCAAAACCUUGACAUUGCAGUGCAAUUUCACAGAUCUUUAUUUUUUAGCGACGCAGUGUUUCGAGAGGGGGCAUAACCUGUUCUUGACUGCCAUGUGUGUGUUCAUCAUGAGUAUUGUAAGCUGCUAUGUAUGGAUUUAAACCUAAUCCUCUUUGCUUCUCCCGUAUGCAGCACUGGUUAACAUAACACAUUGGAGAGCUGUACAUUUUACGCUUUGGACAAGGUAGUCUUGCUGCGUUUCAAGAGCGCCGAGUGCGGUUGAGGUGCAGGGAGAACACUUCAGUUUAGCACUGUCUCUGGUCUGUGUAGAUUGAUUGCAGAUUUUCUUAAAAAACGAAAUCUUUAGAAGAAUAUGCCAUUGAAGCAAGCUUGAAAAGUCUUGCCCUUUUGGUAUCGAGUGUAGCUGUAUUGUGCUUUUUAAUUUUACUGUUUUAUCAAUUGCCAAUAUAAAAAUUAUAUUAUAUAUAUAUAUAGUGUUUCACAGCAGCUUAGGAUGUCCAGCUCCUCCACAGUGCUUGGAAUAUCAGAGAACUGAACUGGGAUUUCUUUCUCUCUUUUUUUUUUAAAGCUCCGUGGUAAUGUAAGCUUAAAUUUCCAGAAAACACUAGCAUCUAUUAAAUGAAUAAACCAAUCUUCUCUGCACAUUACACAGUUUCUGUCAUAACCUCUGCUGCACAGAUCAUCUAUAGUCUAUUUUGAGUAAGCAAGUUUACAAGUCUCUCAAAGCUCUGAAUCUGUGGAAGGAACCUCUAAAGGGGUGAUCCCGACAUCCUUGCAGGUAGACCAAGGGAUGCCCAGCAUGCUUGUCCUGCGUUGUGCUCGGAAACCUCGGCGCCUGUGCAUGGGUCGGAGGGUUGCGCCCUGAAGCUGCAAAUGUCGUUUGGGAAUUUCAAACAUUGUUAAUGCAAGAAAUUACAAAUGAAAAUGUAUACACUUGCGGUUUAAGCUGUAUUGAACUAAGUCUGUGGAAUGCAUUGUGAAAUGUAAAAAAAACCUUUCAAGUAUCAAUAAAGCGUAUAGACUUAA